CCUCUCACUCAUUCCUUUGUCUUCCCGGGGAUUGGCAGGUUUUAUUAUUCCGCCUGAACAAGCCGGGGGCGGAUUGGCUGCGGCGGACUGACGAGGGCGCCGAGCCGGAGUGUAGUUGGGAUUCUGCUCUGUCAGUAACACAUGUGUGAGGGCAGCGGGCACACGCGCACCGUGCGGGCACACACGCACUUGCAGCCUCACGCUUAGACGGGCACAAGGGCCGCCCCCCGCGCCCCGCCGCCGCAGGAUCCUGGCAGCAGCUCCGCGCCCGGCCCCGCUCAAACUCGCCGGCUCCCGCCCGCUCCGCUGAGGCGCUCCGGCGGGCCGCGGCCGGCCAGCUCCGCGCCGCGGGAGGCUCGGGAGCCGCCGCAGCCCGGAGAGGGGGCGGAGGUGGGGGAGCGGGGGGGAAGCGGCACAAAGUGAAGCCACAUUGCCAAACUUGCCCGGCGAUUGCAGCAUCGAGCGGCGGCGGCGCCCUGCGUGUGCGGCUCAGCGGCGGGGACCGAGCUCUGCAGCUCCCCUCCCGGGAAGCGGGAGCUGGAGGAAGGACCCGGGCAGACGCCUCUCAUAGCAAUACCUAUAUUUUUCCAGCCUGGGCUGCCCCUUGCCGGGCGGGGGGCUCCCUCCAGCCGGCGAGAGGGCGAGCGCUGUGCUUAUUUCUUUGCAAGAAGAUCUCUUCAGGCACCCCGAGCGGCGCUCCCCGGCCUUUUGCAAUAUAGAGGGGAAGCAGGCCAUGGUGAACCCCGGCGGCAGCGCGCAGCCGCCCCCGGUCACGGCGGGCUCCCUCUCCUGGAAGAGGUGCGCCGGCUGCGGGGGGAAGAUCGCCGACCGCUUCCUGCUCUACGCCAUGGACAGCUACUGGCACAGCCGCUGCCUCAAGUGCUCCUGCUGCCAGGCCCAGCUGGGGGACAUCGGCACCUCCUGCUACACCAAGAGCGGCAUGAUUCUCUGCAGAAACGACUACAUCAGGUUAUUUGGAAAUAGUGGUGCUUGCAGUGCCUGUGGACAGUCCAUUCCUGCUAGUGAGCUGGUCAUGAGGGCACAGGGCAAUGUCUAUCAUCUUAAGUGUUUUACAUGCUCUACCUGCCGGAAUCGCCUGGUCCCCGGAGAUCGGUUUCACUACAUCAAUGGCAGUUUAUUUUGUGAACAUGAUAGACCUACAGCUCUCAUCAAUGGCCAUUUGAAUUCACUUCAGAGUAAUCCACUACUGCCAGACCAGAAGGUCUGCUAAAAGGUCAGAGUAAUGCAGAAUGCGUGCCUUCAUCUCAAAUUUUGUUCAUCACAGAUGGAUCCCAUGUCUCCAAGUAGACAAGUCACCUUUGUAGCUAGCAUCAAUGCCAGCUCCAUACCAUUGCACCUUCUUUAUUCUUGAUUGCCCUUCCCACAUUUAUUGGUGUAUUAAAAUGACUGAAUAUGAACAUUAAGGACUCCAUGAACCUGGGCUAAUGGGAGACUGUAGAGAAAAUGAAAAAAGAUCCACCGGAGGACAUCUUGGGGGGGGCGGGUGGGGAAGAUGACUAAUGAAGCUAAUUAAAAGAAGCAUUGAAAUCUGCUUUCUACCCUCAUUAACAAUUAGCAGGGCACUGGCCAGUUUGUACCCUGUGUUUUACCUUAACAACAUUCUAUUUGCUCUUUGUAUAUUUAAGUGUUGUAAGGAAAUGUGUUUCAAUCAAACUGAACAUGAGAUAAAGAUGUGGCUUUUGUGAUAUUCUAUCACAAACACUUUUAUUGUAUCUCUGUAAAAUACAAUGUAUGUAUGCAUGUAAGUGUUUUUGUCCUAAUGUUGCUACUUCCCAUGGCAAAAGAAAAAAGAAAAAAAAAGAAAAAAAAAAGAAAGUCAGGCUCAUAGCAGCUACUGUGUAGAAAUUUUCACCUACUUCUAAUUUGCUGAAUGAAGAAAAAUCUUUUAUUUGUGAUAUUUUCAGAGACAUUUGCUCUAGUAUGGUGUAUUUAAAUAAUAAAAAGUAAAACAAAACCGA